AAAAAAUACAUAGAAUUCAGUUUAAUAUAGUUUACCUCCGUACCACGUCAUCUAAGUGCGACGGGAUUUCAAACAAACGACAGCGACGCAGUGCUGCUCAACUUUUGUGACAGAGUUUGUGAUUGCUCCAGAGAGGUCACAUGGCUGUUUCCGCCAUGGCUGCCUCCCGAGAACGCUCUGCGGCAUCCAAGACCAGUUUCAUACCUGAGAUACAGGGCAUGAUGUUUGCCCUGGGAGACGCUCGCAGGCCGCUGCACGAGACAGCAGCCCUGGUGGAGGACAUUGUGCAUACACAGCUUAUCACCAUGCUCCAUCAGGCCAGCGAGGGAGCCACCCUCCGAGGUUCAAGGGUCAUCGCCGUGGAGGACAUCCUCUUCCUGAUGCGCAGAGACAAGAGAAAGGUGUCAAGGCUGUUGAAGUAUCUCCAAUUCCGUGACUAUAAGUCAAAGCUUCUCAAGGGCCUGGACGAUGAUGACGGGCAGCCGGAGCAAGGCGCGGGGUCGAGCACGGUCGCCGGGGGCAACCAACGUCGCCAGCGUCUGGCUCAGGAUUACCUGUUGUGGAUGGACCACACGGGCGAGCUCCUGUCCCUGGCCGAGCGGCAGGAAAUGGACCCCGUCAAGCAAGAGAGGCUGGAGCGUCUGGAGCGUCACAGCAGAGCCAUGGACCAGACGCAGUACGCCGAAUUCUGUGAGAGUCGACAGCUCAGCUUUGCCAAGAAAGCAUCCAAGUUCCGCGACUGGCUGGAUUGCAGCAGUCUGGACCUCAAACCCAACGCCGUCGCCAUGGAGAUACUGUCCUACCUGGCCUAUGAAACUGUCGCCCAGAUUGUGGACUUGUCUCUGCUGGUGAAGCAGGAGAUGGUGGCAAAAACCAACGCCGUCACUCACGUCAUCUCGGCCAGCCACAUACACUACAACACACACACCGAGGUUAAGAAAGAAUCGGAGUCGCCCGAAGCCACGCCUCCCUCCACUCCCGGGUCCUCGCACUCUUCCAAGCCCCUCCUCCAAGGCAACGGAAGCCUGGAGGGGCGAGCGCGGCAGAGGAAACGUAAAAAGAGCUGUCCUGCUGCGGCGGAACCUCCCAGCGGCGCCAUCCAGGUUUGUCACAUCCGAGAGGCCAUCAGAAGAUACAACUACCGACACACCAGUGCCUACAGGAGGAACGGGAUGGCUUACCUGGCCUGUUGACCCCCCCCCCCCCACCCGUGGAAAACUUUUUUUCUUCUUCUGCUCAAGUUUCGCUUAUCAUCCACAAUCCAACGUUGCGGAAAUAAACCGCGCGGGUUGCAAAAAUAAACGCAGGACAUGGAAAAGUGCAUGGAACACUUGGACUCACUUUAAUGGAUUUCAUCUCAGACACGAUAAAAAGGAUGCGUUCACCGUUGCUCAGAACUUCUGAGCGCUGUUGACCAGGGCGUCCCGCUCCAUCACAAGUUCGCCGUAGCGCUGCUGGAGUUCCCGCUCUCGGUCCAUCUGACGCUCCACGUCCUCGCGCAGCGUCUACACACACAAAAAUAUGAAUAAAGGCCUCGUUUUAUUUUGGAAACCGCGCGUUUGUGUGUGUGAGAGUGACCUCGAGUCUUCUGGGAAUGGCGGUGUCUUCUUGUUUCUUCAGCUGACUGAAG